ACGGGCCUUGUAUUCUCGUUAGCGAACCCUCCAUCACAUCUCAGGCCUUCACCAGCUUGACAGCUGUGUUCCCCCCGAGUCGCCCGCUCUACCUGCCGCCGAUCAGUGCGCGACCCCGCCCUUUCCUACUUUGUUUUUGUGUCGCUAGCUGUUCGUCCCAUUCGGCCAAAGAAUUGUCAUCUUGAGCCAUGGUUGCCACUUUUAUCUUGACUCGUACUUUUGCCAUCUCAGCGCUCUUUGUCGGAGCCUUUGACCUAGCAUACGCCGCGCCUGUUCCCUAUGGCGCCGACGUCAGUUUCGAUCCGAGGAACUGCAGAGACGGUGGCUGUGAGAAUGAAGCCAGGAACUGCAGAAACGGCGGCUGCCUGCGAUCCUUUCCCGUUGAGCUCGUGGACUUUCCUGACGCUCCAGUCGUCAGAGAAGAAGAGCACGGGUCACGCAGUGUGAUGAACGAGAUACUAGAGCGUAUAUCAUCGACGCCGAGUGAUGCACUGGCCGAUCCAAAUCCCGGCGAGGCAAGUACCGUCGUCGAGGAAGCCAGUCGUUCACUCGACGUCAAAAUCCGAGAACCGGUGCCGGCACCCGUACCAACCGACGGCAACUGUCGUGGCGGAGGAUGCAGUUGA